AUGGCCUAUUCUCCCGCUUUCCAUCUCCCCGCCCCAUACUCACGCUUUCCAUCACCCCGCCCCAUUCUCCCGCUUUCCAUCACCCCGCCCCAUUCUCCCGCUUUCGAUCGCCCCGCCCCAUUCUCCCUCCUUCCAUCACCCCGCCCCAUUCUCCCUCCUUCCAUCACCCCGCCCCAUUCUCCCUCCUUCCAUCACCCCGCCCCAUUCUCCCGCUUUCCAUCACCCCGCCCCAUUCUCCCGCUUUCCAUCACCCCGCCCCAUUCUCCUGCUUUCCAUCACCCCACCCCAAUCUCCCUCUUUCCAUCACCCCACCCCAUUCUCCCUCCUUCCAUCACCCCGCCCCAUUCUCCUGCCUUCCAUCGCCCUGCCCCAUUCCUUCCCCCGUUUUCCAUCACCCCGCCCCAUUGUCCUGCUUUCCAUCACCCCGCCCCAUUCUCCCGCUUUCCACCACCCCGCCCCAUUCUCCCGCUUUCCAUCACCCCGCCCCAUUCUCCCGCUUUCCAUCAACCAACCUCAUCCUCCCACCUUCCAUCACCCCGCCCCAUUCUCCCUCCUUCCAUCACCCCAUACCAUACCCGCUUUCCAUCACCCCACCCCAUUCUCCCCCUUUCCAUCACCCCACCCCAUUCUCCCGCUUUCCAUCACCCCGCCCCAUUCUCCCGCUUUCCAUCACCCCGCCCCAUUCUCCCGCUUUCCAUUACCCCUCCCCAUUUUCCCUCUUUCCAUCACCCCACCCCAUUCUCCCGCUUUCCAUCACCCCGCCCCAUUCUCCCGCUUUGUAUCACCCCGCCCCAUUCUCCCUCCUUCCAUCACCCCGCCCCAAUCCCCUCCUUCCAUCACCCGGCCCUAUUCUCCUUCCUUCAAUCGCCCCGCCCCAUUCUCCCGCUUUCCAUCACCCCGCCCCAUUUUCCCAUUUUCCAUUACCCCGCCCCAUUCUCCCGCUUUCCAUCACCUCGCCCCAUUCUCCUUGCUUCCAUCACCCCGCCCCAUUCUCCCGCUUUCCAUCACCCCGGCCCAUUCUCCCUCCUUCCAUCACCCCGCCCCAAUCCCCUCCUUCCAUCACCCGCCCCAUUCUCCCUCUUUCCAUCAGCCCGCCCCAUUCUCCUGCUUUCCAUCACCCCGCCCCAUUCUCCAGCUUUCCAUCACCCCGCUCCAUUCUCCCUCUUUCCAUCACCCCGCCCCUUUCUCCCUCUUUUCAUCACCCCGCUCUAUUCUCCCGCUUUCCAUCACCCCGCCCAAUUCUCCCUCUGUCCAUCACCCCUCCCCAUUCUACCUCUUUCCAUCACCCCGCCCCCCACUCUCCCUCUUUCCAUCACCCCGCCCCAUUCUCCCGCUUUCCAUCACCCCGCCCCAUUCUCCCUCUUUCCAUCACCCCGCCCCAUUCUUCCGCUUUCCAUUACCCCGCCCCAUUUUCCCUUUCCAUCAGCCCGCCCCAUUCUCCUGCUUUCCAUCACCCCGCCCCAUUCUCCAGCUUUCCAUCACCCCGCUCCAUUCUCCCGCUUUCAAUCACCCAGCCCAAUUCUCCCUCUUUCCAUCAACCCCCCCCCCCAUUCGCCCGCUUUCCAUCACCCCGCCCCAUUCUCCCGCUUUCCAUCACCCCGCCCCAUUCUCCCUCUUUCCAUCACCCCGCCCCUUUCUCCCUCUUUUCAUCACCCCGCCCCAUUCUCCCGCUUUCCAUCACCCCGCCCCAUUCUCCCUCUUUCCAUCACCCCGCCCCAUUCUCCCGCUUUCCAUGACCCCGCCCCAUUCUCCCUCUUUCCAUCACCCCGCCCCAUUCUCCCUCUUUCCAUCACCCCGCACCAUUCUCCCUCUUUCCAUCACCCCGCCCCAUUCUCCCUCUUUCCAUCACCCCGCCCCAUUCUCCCUCUUUCCAUCACCCCGCCCCAUUCUCCCGCCUUCCAUCACCCAGCCCCAUUCUCCCUCUUUACAUCACCCCGCCCCAUUCUCCCGCUUUCUAUCACCCAGCCCCAUUCUCCCACUUUCCAUCACCCCGCCCCAUUCUCCCUCUUUCCAUCACCCCGCCCCAUUCUUCCGCUUUCCAUCACCCCGCCCCAUUUUCUCUCUUUCCAUCACCCCGCCCCAUUCUCCCGCUUUCCAUCACCCCGCCCCAUUCUCCCUUUUUCUAUCACCCCUCCCCAUUCUCCCGCUUUCCAUCACCCCGCCCAAUUCUCCCUCUUUCUAUCACCCCUCCCCAUUCUCCCGCUUUCCAUCCCCCCGCCCCAUUCUCCCGCUUUCCAUCACCCCGCCCCAUUCUCCCUCUUUCCCUCACCCCGCCCCAUUCUCCCGCUUUCCAUUACCCUGCCCCAUUCUCCCGCUAUCCAUCACCCCGCCCCAUUCUCCCGCUUUCCAUCACCCCGCCCUAUUCUCCCGCUUUCCAUCACCCCGCCCCAUUCUCCCGCUUUCCAUCAACCCGCCCCAUUCUCCCUCUUUCUAUCACCCCUCCCCAUUCUCCCGCUUUCCAUCACCCCGCCCAAUUCUCCCUCUUUCCAUCACCCCUCCCCAUUCUCCCUCUUUCUAUCACCCCUCCCCCUUCUCCCGCUUUCCAUCACCCCGCCCAAUUCUCCCUCUUUCUAUCACCCCUCCCCAUUCUCCCUCUUUCUAUCACCCCGCCCCAUUCUCCCGCUUUCCAUCACCCCGCCCCAUUUUCCCUCUUUCCAUCACCCCGCCCCAUUCUCCCUCUUUCCAUCACCUUGCCACAUUCUCCCGCUUUCCAUCACCCCUCCCCAUUUUCCCUCUUUCCAUCACCCCGCCCCAUUCUCCCGCUUUCCAUCACCCCGCCCCAUUCUCCCUCAUUCUAUCACCCCUCCCCCUUCUCCCGCUUUCCAUCAUCCCGCCCAAUUCUCCCUCUUUCUAUCACCCCUCCCCAUUCUCCCUCUUUCUAUCACCCCGCCCCAUUCUCCCGCUUUCCAUCACCCCGCCCCAUUUUCCCUCUUUCCAUCACCCCGCCCCAUUCUCCCUCUUUCCAUCACCCCGCCACAUUCUCCCGCUUUCCAUCACCCCUCCCCAUUUUCCCUCUUUCCAUCACCCCGCCCCAUUCUCCCGCUUUCCAUCACCCCGCCCCAUUGUCCCUCUUUCUAUCACCCCUCCCCCUUCUCCCGCUUUCCAUCACCCCGCCCAAUUCCCCUCUUUCUAUCACCCCUCCCCAUUCUCCCUCUUUCUAUCACCCCGCCCCAUUCUCCCGCUUUCCAUCACCCCGCACCAUUUUCCCUCUUUCCAUCACCCCGCCCCAUUCUCCCUCUUUCCAUCACCCGGCCACAUUCUCCCGCUUUCCAUCACCCCUCCCCAUUUUCCCUCUUUCCAUCACCCCGCCCCAUUCUCCCGCUUUCCAUCACCCCGCCCCAUUCUCCCUCUUUCUAUCACCCCUCCCCCUUCUCCCGCUUUCCAUCACCCCGCCCAAUUCUUCCUCUUUCUAUCACCCCUCCCCAUUCUCCCUCUUUCUAUCACCCCGCCCCAUUCUCCCGCUUUCCAUCACCCCGCCCCAUUUUCCCUCUUUCCAUCACCCCGCCCCAUUCUCCCUCUUUCCAUCACCCCGCCACAUUCUCCCGCUUUCCAUCACCCCUCCCCAUUCUCCCUCUUUCUGUCACCCCGCCCCAUUCUCCCGCUUUCCAUCACCCCGCUCCAUUCACCCUCUUUCCGUCACCCCGCCCCAUUCUCCCGCUUUCCAUCACCCCGCCCAAUACUCCCUCUUUCCAUCACCCUGCCCCAUUCUCCCGCUUUCCAUCACCCCGCUCCUUUCUCCCGCUUUCCAUCACCCCGCCCAAUUCUCCCUCUUUCCAUCACCCCUCCCCAUUCUCCCUCUUUCUAUCACCCCGCCCAAUUCUCCCUCUUUCCAUCACCCCGCCCCAUUCUCCCUCUUUCCAUCACCCCGCCCCAUUCUCCCUCUUUCCAUCACCCCGCCCCAUUCUCCCACUUUCCAUCACCCCGCCCCAUUUUCCCUUUUUCCAUCCCCCCGCCCCAUUCUCCCGCUUUCCAUCACCCCGCCCCAUUCUCCCUCUUUCCAUCACCCCGCCCCAUUCUCCCGCUUUCCUUUACCCCGCCCCAUUCUCCCGCUUUCCAUCACCCCGCCCCAUUCUCCCGCUUUCCAUCACCCCGCCCCAUUUUCCCUCUUUCCAUCACCCCGCCCCAUUCUCCCGCUUUCCAUCACCCCGCCCCAUUAUCCCUCUUUCUAUCACCCCUCCCCAUUCUCCCGCUUUCCAUCACCCCACCCAAUUCUCCCUCUUUCUAUCACCCCUCCCCAUUCUCCCUUUAACCAUCACCCCGCCGCAUUCUCCCGCUUUCCAUCACCCCGCCCCAUUCUCCCUCUUUCCAUCACCCCGCCCAAUUCUCCCGCUUUCCAUGACCCCGCCCCAUUCUCCCGCUUUCCAUCACCCCGCCCCAUUCUCCCGCUUCCCAUCACCCCGCCCCAUUUUCCCUCUUUCCAUCACCCCGCCCCAUUCUCCCGCUUUCCAUCACCCCGCCCCAUUCUCCCUCUUUCUAUCACCCCUCCCCAUUCUCCCGCUUUCCAUCACCCCGCCCAAUUCUCCCUCUUUCUAUCACCCCUCCCCAUUCUCCCUCUUUCUAUCACCCCGCCCCAUUCUCCCGCAUUCCAUCACCCCGCCCCAUUUUCCCUCUUUCCAUCACCCCGCCCCAUUCUCCCACUUUCCAUCACCCCGCCACAUUCUCCCGCUUUCCAUCAACCCGCCCCAUUCUCCCGCUUUCCAUCACCCCGCCCCAUUCUCCCGCUUCCCAUCACCCCGCCCCAUUUUCCCUCUUUCCAUCACCCCGCCGCAUUCUCCCGCUUUCCAUCACCCCGCCCCAUUCUCCCUCUUUCCAUCACCCCGCCCAAUUCUCCCGCUUUCCAUGACCCCGCCCCAUUCUCCCGCUUUCCAUCACCCCGCCCCAUUCUCCCGCUUCCCAUCACCCCGCCCCAUUUUCCAUCUUUCCAUCACCCCGCCCCAUUCUCUCGCUUUCCAUCACCCCGCCCCAUUCUCCCUCUUUCUAUCACCCCUCCCCGUUCUCCCGCUUUCCAUCACCCCGCCCAAUUCUCCCUCUUUCUAUCACCCCUCCCCAUUCUCCCUCUUUCUAUCACCCCGCCCCAUUCUCCCGCAUUCCAUCACCCCGCCCCAUUUUCCCUCUUUCCAUCACCCCGCCCCAUUCUCCCACUUUCCAUCACCCCGCCACAUUCUCCCGCUUUCCAUCACCCCGCCCCAUUCUCCCGCUUUCCAUCACCCCGCCCCAUUAUCCCUCUUUCUAUCACCCCUCCCCAUUCUCCCGCUUUCCAUCACCCCACCCAAUUCUCCCUCUUUCUAUCAUCCCUCCCCAUUCUCCCUUUAA